CUCCCUCUAUAUGCGAGGUCGGGGAAAAGGCCGGACCAAUAGGAUCUCAUACACGGCUUUACCUUGUAUUUCUGCAAGAGGCUAUUUCAAAGUAAAUUCCAUAAUUCUUCAUGAAAUUCUGGCCGAGGGUCUUUCGGAAACAGACUCUCUAUCCCUCGGGUAGAGGUGUAUGUCCCUACCCUUCCUGAUCCCACUAGUGGAAUUUUACCGGGUUGCGUUGUUGUUGUUGCUACAUGAAACUCUGAUUUAUGAACGGUUUGAAGUAUUAGGUUAAAAUUUAGCAGAACAUGUGUAGAAUCUAUAUAAUCAUAAGUGUCACUAAUUUCAAAUAUUAAUAUUACAGGCAUGAGGUUGUUGGUGUUGUAACUGAGGUUGGUAGCAAGGUGGAGAAGUUUAAGGUUGGAGACAAAGUAGGUGUUGGAUGCAUGGUAGGAUCAUGUCGCAAAUGCGAAAACUGUGACAAUGAUCUCGAGAAUUACUGUCCUCGUCAGAUCCCUACUUACAACAGCUAUAACACAGACGGGACCCUUACAUUCGGAGGUUACUCCGAUAUCAUGGUUUCUGAUGAACAUUUUGUAGUUCAUUGGCCUGAGAAUUUGCCAAUGGAAGCUGCUCCUUUAUUAUGUGCGGGGAUCACAACUUAUAGUCCAUUGAAACAUUUUGGACUUGAUAAGCCUGGAAUGCACAUUGGUGUUGUUGGUCUUGGUGGCCUCGGCCAUAUGGCUGUGAAAUUCGCUAAGGCUUUUGGAACUAAGGUAACUGUGAUCAGUACAUCUGCUAGUAAGAAGCAAGAAGCGAUUGAACGUUUGGGUGCAGAUGAGUUCUUGAUCAGCCGCGAUACUGAGCAGAUGCAGGCUGCAAUGAGCACAUUGGAUGGGAUAAUUGACACUGUUUCUGCAGUUCACCCUAUUCUUCCAUUGCUUAGCUUAUUGAAAUCUCAUGGUAAGCUUGUUAUGGUUGGUGCACCAGAAAAACCAGUGGAGUUGCCAGUGUUUCCUCUGCUUUUGGGAAGGAAGCUAGUGGCUGGAAGUUGCAUAGGAGGGAUGAAAGAGACUCAAGAGAUGGUAGAUUUCGCAGCAAAGCAUAAUAUUACACCAGAUAUUGAAGUUGUGCCCAUGGAGUAUGUGAAUACAGCUUUGGAUCGUCUUCUGAAAUCGGAUGUGAAGUAUCGUUUUGUGCUUGACAUUGGAAACACAUUGAAAGCAGCUAAUUGAGAGUUGAGUUACAAAAAUGGAUCACGAAAAAGUGCUGUCUGUUACUAGGACUUUAAAUUUUAGUCUAUUGCCAAUUUUCUAUUAGUUUUGCGACUGAAACAUAGUUAUUGUUGUACUGACACUUUUGUACUAAUGCUUUGAGCAAAAGAGAAGUAGCCCUGCUUUGUAUGGAGAGAAAAAACUGUUGAAGUUUGGCAAAAUGCCAAAGUCCCACAUUGGUUGGGAGUUAAGUUUGGAGGGG